GCGUGAUUCUCGAGCGUAAAAUGGCGUCGCCCAGUUCGCCCGCGCUUUCGUCGCGGUUCCAGCUGUUGUACAAGGCCAAAACACCGCCGUGGAGGGAAACCUACCGCAACCGGUGCCGUGACAGCCUUCGAAGGAACCGACAGACCCUUUUCCAGUCCUUCCGCGAUGCCGGAGACCAACGCGAAAAGCAUCAGCAACUCGUGGCGGCCGUGAGCGACGUUGUCCGAGACGAACUCGAGAAACUCCACGCGGGACCCACCCCUACAUCUCGUCAUUCGAGGCUGACACCGCUGGCCGGUCGUGAUGGGGCAACGCCGCCGGACGACGCCGACUUCAGCGAGAGGCUACUGGAAGAAACCCUGGCCGAACUGAUGGAAGAAGAAAUGCAGGUUUGGAGGCUGUACGAAGAGACCAUGCGCGCUCAGGAGAUGGAGGUUCAAGCCGCCGUGAGCCAUUGGAGUAGCGACGACGGGGUUGUGUGUCCGGUAUGCCUACGUCUCGACCUCUCCAAGAGCGGUAGGCUGAUAUCCUGCGCGUGCGGCGUGAGGUUGUGGACCGAGAAGGACUUGGAAGACGUCAGGCGCUGCGUCGGACAGGCCGUCGAGUCGCAUUCGCGUCUCUGUCCGUCCAGGCUUGUGUUUUCGGCACUGAAUUCGGCCGCGGAUCAUUCCGAGCUUGUGGGCGUUUGCCACGUUUGUGACUUUAUGACGGCCGCACUGUGAUACUUGGCGCGCGAGGAACAAGCGAAAUUGUAUAGUGACGGCAAGUUUUAGUCACGACGGCGUACCUGUUUUGAUGCGGGAGAUGUUAAUUGUAGUUGAAGAAAUUGUGCACACAAUCGUAGGAUGUUGUUUUUACUUUCCUCGUGGACAUGAGCCAGUUCAAACGCGUUUUUGUCUUCUUGUGUUAGAUUUAUGCUUCGACCCUCAAAUUAAGUCUGUUGCAAAGAAUAAAUAGCGCUGUUUCCCAA